AUGUUAAGAACAGUAACAGUUCCAUCAUUAUCUUCUUCUUCUUCUUCUGUUUAUCUCAAUUUCUCGACACAGAAUAAACCUUCUCUUCUCCCACAUUUUUUAAAACUUUCUUCACCAUUCAAUGGCAAUGACAAGAGUAACAGUAACAAAACAGUCGCUUGCAAUUACAAUCCUUCAAGAAGAAUAGCUCUCUUUCAACUUGGAACUGCUAUCCGACAAUCACAGUUUUUAAGUGGAAACUUAGCUCCAGCAAGAAGUAGUGAGGUUACUGAGCAAAAUGUACUAGAGUGGGUCAAGAAUGACAAGAGAAGAAUGCUUCAUGUUGUUUAUAACGUUGUGGACUUGGACAAGACCAUAAAAUUUUAUACUGAAUGUUUGGGAAUGAAGCUGUUAAGGAAACGUGAUAUACCUGAGGAUAGAUAUAGUAAUGCUUUUCUGGGAUAUGGACCUGAAGAUUCUAACUUUACUGUUGAACUUACUAAUAAUUAUGGAGUUGACAAGUAUGACAUUGGAGAUGGAUUUGGACAUUUUGGUAUUGCAGUAGAGGAUGUUGCCAGGACAGUUGGUCUUGUUAAGGCAAAGGGGGGCAAGGUUACUAGGGAACCUGGUCCUGUUAAAGGUGGAAGUAUAAUAAUUGCUUUUGUUCAAGACCCAAAUGGUUACAAGUUUGAGCUCUUGGAGAGAGGCCUUACGCCUGAGCCCCUAUGUCAAGUGAUGCUUCGAGUGGGUGAUCUUGACCGAUCCAUAAAUUUCUAUAAGAAGGCUUUUGGCAUGGAGCUUCUCCGCAAAAGAGAUAGUCCUGAGUACAGGUAUACAGUAGCCAUGAUGGGUUAUGGUCCUGAAGAUAAAAAUGCUGUGCUGGAACUGACAUAUAACUAUGGGAUUACAGAAUACAACAAGGGAAAUGGCUAUACGCAGAUUGCAGUUGGCACAAAUGAUGUCUAUAAGAGUGCAGAGGCAGUCAAGCUGUGUGGAGGAAAAAUUAUCCGUGAGCCUGGGCCUAUACCAGUUAUCAACACCAAGAUUACUGCUUGCUUGGAUCCUGAUGGUUGGAAAUCGGUCUUUGUUGAUAAUGUGGACUUUUUCAAGGAACUAGAGUAA